GAACAGUUCAUUUACUAUUUAUGCCUACAGGAUCGGUGAUGCUUUGAGACGCUUGAUAUAAUCCCAUACAAACCCUCUCUCCUUCUACAUCACAAUAUUCAUUUUUUCUUUCCAAACUUUCCGACCCUAACCCGAGCUAUCUCUCUCUCUCAUGGAUUUUCAGCCAAAUACUUCUCUUCAUCUAAACCUACCCAACAACCAACUGAACUUGAAACUUGUCCUGGAGCCAUCAUCCACUUCUUCCUCAUCAUCUUCUUUCAGUCCAACAUUAGAACCCCAGCGCAUGUUUUCAUGCAACUACUGCCAAAGAAAGUUUUACAGCUCUCAAGCACUUGGGGGCCACCAAAAUGCUCACAAACUUGAGCGCACAUUAGCCAAGAAAAGCAGAGAGCAGUUAAGCUCCGCGGCCCGAGCCCACAGUAGCAUGAACCAACGGCCAGGAUCUAAUUACAGCUGCAGCAGCGAUGCAAGUACUAGUCAUGCAAGGGAUAUCCCGCAGGCACAUCUUGGUGGGUUGAAAGUACAUCAAGGACAUGCCGGUAGGCCUGUCGGUGACAUGAACUGUGGACUCAGACCUGAGAAUGUUGAGGAAGAUAUUUGCCACCUUGACUUAUCUCUGAGGCUUUGAGUUAUUUAGUUAAUUUCCCUCAUUAAAUAUCAUGUAUGGUGUCCAAUCAUAUAAUUCGAUUCCCAAAAAUUGAACGAGUGAUUGAUUUGAAAAAUGAGAUGGUAAGUUAAAUAUUCA